GGCUCUUCAGCAGACACGAGUUUCCCUAGUUCCUCAGCAGAGCCAAGGAGACAGAGACCUUAAACUCAUCCUUCACGGACGCAGAGAAGGCAUCUGCCCAGUCAAAAGGAACAGCCUCUCUUCAGUAUUUUUGCCCACUUUACUGACCACACUACAGGGAAAAUGAGCUUCCUAGCACUUAACCCCAUCCUCGCUGUUGCCCUUCUCUCUGGAAUCAUUGACUUGGCUGUGUCAUCAUGCCCAGCUGUGUGCCAGUGUCCAGUGGAAGUACCCAAAUGUGCCCCAGGAGUUGGAAUGGUUCUGGAUGGUUGUGGAUGUUGCAAAGUCUGUGCUAAGCAACUUAAUGAAGAUUGCAGCAAAACUCAUCCUUGUGAUCACACCAAGGGACUUGAAUGCAAUUUUGGAGCCAGUUCCAGAGCUAUUAAGGGAAUAUGUAGAGCAAAAUCAGAAGGGAGACCUUGCGAGUACAAUUCCAAAAUCUACCAGAACGGAGAAAGUUUUCAGCCAAACUGCAAGCAUCAGUGCACAUGCAUAGAUGGAGCUGUUGGUUGCCUUCCUUUGUGCCCUCAAGAAUUAUCCCUGCCUAACUUGGGCUGCCCAAAUCCAAGGCUGGUGAAGGUUCCAGGGCAGUGCUGUGAGGAGUGGGUCUGCGAUGAAGCCAAAGACCCAGUCGACGAGAUUGUAGACUUUUUCAACAAAGAAUUUGGAAUGGAUACCAGUGAAGGAGAACUUACAAGGAAAAAUGAAUUUGUUGCUGUCGUGAAAGGAGGACUAAAAAUGCUACCUGUUUUUGGCUCUGACCCACAAAGUCAUGUUGUCGAGAACUCGAAAUGCAUUGUUCAAACCACAUCGUGGUCUCAGUGCUCAAAGACCUGUGGAACUGGUAUCUCUACGAGAGUCACAAAUGAUAAUAGCAACUGCAGACUAGUGAGAGAGACAAGAAUCUGUGAGGUCCGACCAUGUGGCCAGCCAAGCUAUACAAGUUUAAAGAAGGGAAAGAAAUGCACCAAGACAAAAAAAUCUCAAGCUCCAGUGAGAUACACCUAUGCCGGAUGUUCCAGUGUAAAGAAAUAUCGUCCAAAAUAUUGUGGAUCUUGUGUGGAUGGAAGGUGCUGCACUCCACAACAGACAAGGACUGUCAAGAUCCGAUUCCGUUGUGAGGAUGGGGAGACCUUUACUAAAAAUGUCAUGAUGAUCCAGUCAUGUAGAUGCAACUACAACUGCCCACAUGCAAAUGAAGCCUAUCCUUACUACAGAUUAUUCAAUGAUAUCCACAAAUUCAGAGACUAAAUGCUAUAUGCUUUAAAGGGACACUUGCUUAAACUUGAGAAAAUGGGGAAUUUACUGUUGUCAAACUAUUGCAGUGCCAUCUAUGGACGAUUUGGGGUACUUUGAACUUCCAAUGUGCAUACGUGAUCUGGACUUUGUUGCAACAGACUGAAACAUUUUAAUGCUUCAUAAUGGAGCUAACUGAUUGCUUCUUUGUUUGGAGCAUAAUAAUAAUAAUUUUCUGUUUUUCCGUUAGUAAAUUAUCUGCUUAGUAUUUUUUUUUUCUGGUGACCAUUCCCUUGAAUGCUAGAAAGGACCUCAGCACUUGCAUUGUAGCCUGUUGGUGGCCUUUCUUGUACACAAAGGGUUAAGUGUUUCCACAUUCUCUUUAGUGAAAGACCGAAACUCUGUAAACUUGUUCCAAAACAAGUUGAAAGUUACAUUCCUUCCUGAUGGAGCACGCUUCAGAAGCGUUCAUCUGUGGCAGCUAUUACAAUCCAGCAAUUCUUUAGCAAACAGAAAUCAGUGUGUCUUUUUUUUUUUCUUUAAUUAAAUGUGUUUUAUUUAUCAAAAAUGUAGCUUUUUGUGACAAAUGUAAUACUGGAAUAAUUGUAAAAUGGUUUAAUUUUUAUAUUCAAUGAAUUAAAGAAUUUAUUUAUGGAAUUAAUCAAUUAAUAAAACUAUUUACCUAUUUAUACAUAUAA